AUGUACCAACCUUGCCCCAAGCCUCGCACCGGCAAGGCCACCGCCCUCAAAGUGGCCGCCGCUGUUGGCAUCCUGGCCCUAACCGGCAUUGCAGGCGUUGCCGUUGCCUCUCGAUGCGGCUAUGCCCUUCAUUCCCAGGAUCCUGCCUCCGCCGCACGGGUCCAGUUCCGCGGCGAGCAGCUCCCUGCCAUUCUCCGCCGCGAGAACUCGGACGAGUCGAUCCCUGGCCUCCAGCCGUACGACUACUCUGUCCCAGUCGGCGUCGAGAUGAGCGGCUCUGUUGCCUCUGGUGAUGACGCUGCCCGGGCCACGGGCGACGAUGCCACAAACGGGACCACCGCUUCCACUGGCGUCAGCGUUCCCAUCAUGACUCCGACUUCUCUUAGCACCGGCUACACCGUCCCUGGCUUGGAGCUCAACACCACGCAGACGUCCACCACGACCCUGAGCACUGACGUUGUGAUCAUCCCCAGUGAGACGCACACCUGCACCUCUCUCGAAGAGACUGUCGUUGUCACUGUGACCGCCCUCCCCAAGCAGUCGCAGCCGCCUGCCUAUGGUACCCUGCCCGACGAUUCCACCGUCACCGGUACUCCCGCCACCGUCACGGAUGUGCAGACGGACGUCUCCUACACCAGCGACGCUCCCGAUGCUACCGUCACCGGUACUCCCGCCACCGUCACCGACGUACAAACGGACACGCGCUUCACCAGCGGUGCUCCAGACGCCACCGUCUCGGGCGAGCCCGCCACCGUUACCAGCGUCAUCACCAACACGGUCGGCGAACCCAUGACGACCUUGACCUUCACCAGCAUCAACACCGUCAUCGUCACCGUCAGCACCACCGUCACCCGCAGCCGCAGCAGCAGCGUCGACGUCGACUCGUCUGUCCUGGACACCACCACCUCAUCCAGCGAGCCCGUCACAACCACGCACACCGAGACGGUCACCGUCAUCGGUGGAGCGCCAGUGACGAGCACCACUACUGUCGAGCUUCCGCAGCCGUAUGGUGACGACUACCCUACCUCAUACGGGACUGGUCUGCCCAUCAAUGCCACCGCCAGCCCAACUUACGUUCCUCCUGUUGUCUCUGCGGGCACGGAGGGUGGUGGUCGCUCUGUGGCCUACCUCUUCAUUGCCGCUGUGGCCGCUGUGUACCUUUUCUAA